ACUCAAAAAAUAAAUCCAAAGCCAAUUAAGACAAUCAAUCGCAAAGCGACCCAUAACGAAAUGAACCGACUGGAAUACUGCAAGCGGCAGCCUGGUACUACCCACCACCUCGCACCACCCACGGCACCACUGAAAACCACCAACAACCACCCUGCCGACAAAUGUCUUCGUGUAUUGUUAAUUCGGCUUAUGAUCAGGCAAAAGUACGUUGAUUCCACAUGUUUCUCGUAUAUCAAUUUGGCAGUCGAGGAGGUAUUUUCAAACGGUAAACAUAUGCACGCAAGCCGAUUUUCAAUCUGCAGAGUUACGUGAAACAGCUAAAACCGCAGCUGGGAAAGCUUUAAUUUCCAGAGCAAUACACAUUGGGGUUAGCAAAAAUGAAUUCGGUGCGACCUCUUAGGCCUACCCUUCAAGAAAUUUGCAUCAAGGAAUUGAAUGAGGUGCCCCAGCGUUUAUCGCAGGAUAUCGAUGCUCUAAGGGAAUGGGUCUUGAAGCAACCACAUUUACGUGCCUGCACCGACGACCAGUUCCUUCUCGCAUUUCUGCGCGGAACCAAGUUUAGCCUAGAACGGGCCAAGGAAAAGUUUGAUCGCUUCUACACAUUGCAGGCUUCUAUUCCCGAGAUUUUCAAUGAUCGGCGUCUUACCACCGAUCCCCAGGUCCUAGAUAUCAUCAGAAUGGGGGUUAUUCUCCAAAUUCCCAUGGAUGUGGAAGAUUCAGGACCAUGUGUGACUAUUAUUCGAGCUGGGUCCUACGACACGAGCAAGUAUAAGUUUCAGGACAUUAUCCGCGUCGGUUCCAUGUUCGGUGAGAUCAUGAUGUUUGAGGAUGAUAAUGCCACGGUCAGUGGUUAUGUGGAGGUCAUGGACAUGACUGGCGUCACGGGGUCCCACCUCUUUUCCCUCCAGCCACAGUUGCUGAGUAAGUUUUCCACUUACGCAGAUGAGGCGAUGCCGACACGUCAGAAGGGCAUUCACUUUAUCAAUGUCCCUGCGGCCUUCGAAACUGGGUUCAAAUCGUUGCGGUCCUUUUUCCCGGCCAAAAUCAAGAGUAGGAUCUCGGUGAGCUCCGAUCCUACCGCUAUAUUCAAUUUAGUGCGUCGCGAGUACUUGCCCUCGGAAUACGGCGGAACUGGGGGCAGCAUUCAGGAUAUAAGUCAAGCCAUGGAGGCGAAACUAUCCAGUUAUGAAUCAUAUUUUCUGGAAUCCCAGAGUUUUGGCGCUGAUAACAAGUUGCGGGCAUUCAAGGACAAUGUACGGAAGAAUCAUCGCUCGUCUUUUGGGGCUGUGGGUUCGUUCCGAAAAUUGGAAAUUGACUGAAAUUAACCACGAAUUUAUGAUGUCAACAACAUAGAUUAUAAAUGCAACUUGAAGAACUAUUCGCAUUAAUCUUAUCUGAUAAACCAAGUAAGGUAGUCUCAAUAUUAAAAAAUAUUAAGUUGCAGAUUAACAAAAUCGCUGGUGACUACUUUUGAGUCUAUAAAUCAGGGGAAGCUGAUAAUAUAAUUACCACAAUUCGUUAGAAUUUCAGGAAACGAUUUUUAACAUUUUUUACUAUAGAUCCUUAUUGUUAAUAUUCUUAUUAGUUUCGUUAAUACAUUUUUACUAUUAUUAUGUAUUGAAUAAAACAAGAAUCUAUUCUUUA